AUGCUAGGCUUUGUAUCCGGAACUGCUUCCUUGACGAAGAAACGAGGCGGCCGCUCGGCGCAAGCCUGCGGGUCGGCGGUGACGCGUCUGCGGCUGCAAGCGGGUGAGCCGCAGCCAGUUUUGGCGAAGGGCCGUCUACCCAGUGUGACAGCGUUUGCUGCUGCGGUGCUGCUGGCGGCAGCGACUCACAGCGCAGUUCUAGAGCCGGUGCAAGCGCUCACUGCUCAGGACGUGCGGCAGCUCUCGUACGAGCAGGUGAAAGGAACGGGCCUUGCCAAUCGCUGCCCCGAGGUGGUUUCAUCGAAGGGCAAGAUAUCCCUUGACAAGACUAAGAAGUACAAGGUUGUGGAUUUGUGCCUGGAACCGAAGCAGUUUCUAGUGGAGGAGGAGGUCGGCCGGCGACGUGGCGAGAGCAAGCGCGAGUUUGUGGACACCAAGCUGAUGACGCGAGCAACCUACACGCUUGCGAAUAUCGAAGGGGAACUGGUCAAUGAGAACGGAACCUGGAAGUUUAUCGAGAAGGACGGCAUGGAUUACGCUGCAACAACAGUCCAGAUUCCGGGUGGUGAGCGUGUGCCCUUCCUCUUCUCCAUCAAGAAACUUGUUGCUUCUCUCAACAACGCGGACGAUGGCAUCUCAACGAGUACUGAGCUUGGUGGCGAGUUCAAGGUUCCCAGCUACCGCACCGGUAUGUUUCUGGAUCCCAAGGGCCGAGGCAUGGCCAAUGGCUACGACAUGGCUGUUGCGCUUCCGGCACUCGAGGCUGACGGCGCCGUGGGCCAAGAAGUCUUGCGCAAGGAGAAUGACAAGGUGUUCCAGGAAACCUCGGGGCGCAUCGAGCUUGCUGUGAACAAGGUUGACCCCACGAGUAACGAGAUUGGAGGCGUGUUCGUGAGCGAGCAGCUCUCGGACACGGACAUGGGGGCCAAGGAGCCGAAGAAGCUCCUUCUCAAGGGCGUUUUCUAUGCCCGUAUCCUGCCGUCAGACUAG